AUGCUGAAAAAUGUUCAAUUCUCCCUAUCAUCAUCCGCACCCUCCCAUCGGAAAUCAAGUAGUAAAUCAAGGGGACUUUUAUUAUCCACAGGAAGUUCUUCAGGAAAUCCCAACAAUAAUUCCUCAUCGAUGAUAAAUCAAUCGCUCACGAUGGACGAUUCUCCAGUGAGUGCUAUAUUUCCUCCCAAUUCCACUUCCGAAAUCUUUCCGGAACCUCCAUCCUUUCAUCCCAAUACCAACAAUUCCUCAUCGUUUUCGAGAAGACGAUCUCAAAGUAUGCUCUCCUCAAAUUCCGUCAAUGGUGGAAGUACGUUUAUAACCGAAUGCGAAAUUGUACAAUCUCCCCCCGUUUCAAAUUCAUUGCAUUCUGGUAAUAGCUCAUCCACACAUAAUUUGGUGGGUGUUGUAGAUAUUAAUCAAAUUUCGUAUAAUAAGCAAAUAUUAUCCAUUGUCGACGUGAAGGAAAUUGUCAAUGUGUUCAAUCGAUAUGUGAAACGAGAUUGUCAAAAAAUGGAAUUGUGGGAUUUGAGGAAAGUCCUUAAAGAAUUGGAUACACCUUUCAAUGAAGAUGAAUUAUUUGAUUAUGUGCAAAAAUUACAGAAUGAUGAGUUUGUCACCAUUCAAGAAUUGGUCAACCUUAUUGAAAAUCAAAAAAAGCAAGAUCGACCAGUGCAUGACAAUGAGACGGUGAGUGCAUUUGUCGCAAUGGGUGGCAAUUUUGAUCGAACUGGAGUGAUUAGUACUGAAAAAUUGAAAGGUGCUGUGAUGGAAUUUGGUUUCACCGUCGAUAUUGAAGGUAUUAUUCGAGAUGUCGACGAUGACGGCAAUGGAACGGUGGAUUUUGAUGAAUUUUGUCAAAUGAUUAACAUGAAAGGAGCGGAGGAAGAAUUGGAUGAAGACGAGGAUGAAGAUAAGGAAGAAGACAUCAUUAUUGAUGAUUCCACACCCCAAUUGACGACACCAAGUCCUCUCAAUGAAGAAAAGGGCGAAGAGGUUUAA